AUGAAGGUUAUCAAGGGACAUGUGCGGAACAAGAAUCAACCUUGUGGAUGCAUUGCAGAAGAGAAUGUUGCAGAAGAGACGAUUGAGAUGUAUUGCGAGUAUCAUAUAAGCAUCAAGACAAUUGGUAUUCCACUGGAUAGGCAUAAUACAUCUCACAGUGGUCAAGAUUCUGAAAGUGUUAUGGAGGGAGAGCCGCUAUCAUAUGGAGAGCAGUGUAUAGUUACCCGUGACCAGUUGAGACAAGCACAUUUCUCUGUAAUGGAGAACACACCUGAAAUUGAGCCUUACAUAGACCGACACAAGCUCUAUUUGGAAACUAAACAUCGUAAUCAAAAGCGGGCAUGGAUGGAGAAAUAUCACUAUAACUCGUUUGGCGAUUGGUUAAAAAAUGAGGUUGAGAAAGAGUUGGAAGUCGAUGGAGAAAAUAUCUCAGAGAACUUAAGAUGGAUAUCACAUGGCCCGCACUACGAGGUAACAAAAUACACUGUAUAUCGCAUCAAUGGAUAUCUAUUCCGCACAAGAUCUCGUGAUGGUAAAAUUCACCAGAAUAGUGGGGUUAGCGUCGCGGCAAAUGACAUGCACAUAUCUAGAGAUGAUGGCGUAACAUAUGGUAAAACAUCUUAUAAUGGUGUCUUGCAAGAGAUAUGGGAGUUAGAUUACUGCGAAAGAAAAAUUCAUCUAUUCAAGUGCAAUUGGGUUGAUAAUAACCGUGGGGUUAAAAGAGAUAUUCUAGGAUACAACAUUGUUGAGCUUACUAUGUUGGGACACAAAAAUGAUCCUUUUAUUUUAGCCUCUCAAGCUAGGAAAGUAUUUUAUGUCAAAGACCAGAAAGAUAAGAAAAAGUCUAUUGUUUUUGUGGUACCUCCCAAAAAUUACAGAGAUGCAUAUGAUGAUGGCAACGAUGAGGAAUUCAGUACAGUAAUUUUUUCUCGGAAUGAUAAUAUCUUGCCGGAUGUAGGUCGGAAAGACUUGGGUAAAGAAUCCCGAAAUGAUUACUUCCGAACUGAGUGCCGGGGUUUACUUAUACGCAAGCCAAAGUGACACCCUCUGGCAGGUACUGCAGUUGUAUAAAUAUG